CUCUUAAACCCAAAAGAACAACUCCAAAUCUUCACUACUCGAUAUUCUCAAAGAACUUGAAAACAACACAGAUCCAUUCCCAAUUUCAGAUUCACUCAAAAGGAUUUUUCUUUUUUCAUUUUCGCUUUUUGUGAUCUGGAAAGUUGUUACCUUUAACAAUGUCUCCGAAACAUCUAGAGUCAUCACGAAGCUCUAUUGAAUCAUGCACUUCACAGCUUCUCUCAUGGCGACCAUUUCACCGCUCCAAAACCCUAGACUCAUCUGACCAACCACCGCAGACCAAUGGGUUUCACUCCUUUACUCCCAAACGCCCUUGCUUCUCCGAUCGAUCCACUUCUUUCACCAUCGAAGCUAUGAGCCGUCUCUCACUCGCCGACGACGACAAUGGAGGGAAGACAUUAUCAGCUUCCAAUUACAGCAAUAGAGGAAGUUUCAGGUUAGUAGCGAGGAAGCGGCGGCGGCGUAAUUCGAGAUCGGUGUCUGGUCGGAGUAGUGAUCGGAGUGGGACUCGGAGAUGUUGCUCCAUUGGUGCUCAUGGGACUUGUUCGGAUUUGCCUUUCGCUGUUGGUACAGAUUCAAGUGGAGAGCUUUUUGGUGAAGCGAAUUGGGCUUCUGAUGUGAGUGAGGCGGCGAGGAAUUCACGGAGAGAGCGGCGAGAUUCUGGUGGAGAGAAGGAAGCUUCUGGUGGAUUUGGAUUUGCUAAUGGAGUUGAUCCAAUGGGGAAUGAAUCUGGGUAUGGGAGUGAGCCUGGUUACAGAGGUGAUGCUGAGUUUGGCUAUGGUGAUGAAUUUGAUGAUGAAGAAGAAGAUGUCAAGCCAUUGUUUUGGGGAGAUACAGAUUCAACAAUGGGGAUGUCUGGUGAGACGAAAUUCUCAGAUAGUAAACCUCAAUUCAGGUGCCGGCGAAGAAGACAACAUGACUACAAAACUGUUGACUCCAUGAGAUGAACAUAACAAAGACAUUACUAUUCAGUUAUUCAGUAAUGUCUCCAUGAGAUGAUGAACAUAACAAAACUGUUGACUCCAUGCUCAUCCACCCUCAUGAUGAUCCGCAGACAUUCUUACCGAGUUGUUUACAGAUACCAAGAGAAGAGGUCUUAUUGGAGAAACGUUAAUAUGUAUUUGUCCUAACACCUGAAACUGUAAAGAGCUUUGUCAAACAUUUUUUUUAUAGAAAAAUCUGUGCCCUUUUUUUGGUGAUAUGGAUGUCUCAAAGAUUCGACGAUCUGGAGAAAGAUUUACGAAAACCACAAUGCGUGUAUAGCUGCACAAAAGACCAUUCCGUUUACGGAAACCAAGUUGGUGACCUUCAUUUGGGACUCUGUCGCGGAGAGUAUAUGUAGACAAAUGUAACUAAAAAAGACAACUAUGAUUGUUACUCUUGCUCCUUUAUUAUAUGAAUCAGAAUAUGACACAAUUAUUUGCAA